AUGGACACCAUCUAUUUCAGCAACGAAUUCCCUAAGGAGGCUCUGCAAGAUGUCUUCCGACAGUUGCACAAGGAGAGCAAGAGCAGCACCCACCAUCUGCUCGCACGCUUCAUGAGUGAAGCCACGAGGGCUGUGAAGAAGGAGAUUGAACAGUUGCCGUCCAGCCUGAAGCAAAUAAUACCCCCUUUUGAGACGCUCAGUGCCUGGGCGGAGAGCAAGGAACUCCGCGAAGGUGAACUGUGUGGUGCUAUCGAUGGCGUUCUACUGGUUCUACUCCAGAUAUCAGUUUACAUCUGCCAUGCUGAGGCUGGUGCAGAGCUUCCUACAGCCCCGCACCUAUCUGCGCUUGGAGUUGGUCUCAUCGGAGCUGCCGCUGUCGCCAUGUCCAAGGAGCUCUCCGAUCUGCCCUCCUACGGUGCUCAAGCGGUUGCUAUUGCUUUCCGCAUGGGCGUUCACGUUCAGGGUGUGUCUCACCAGCUCGAGGCCCGCGAGCUUGACGAGACACCCAAGACUUGGGCCUACGUUGUUCACAACAUCGAUCCUAAGGACGCUCAGGCCGAGCUGGAAGCAUUCCACGAGGCGAACCUGACAUCAAAAACCGCCAGCAUAUUUAUCAGUGCCGUUAGCCGUACCUCAGUCACUAUCAGUGGCCCACCCUCGAAGCUUGAGACCCUCUUCAAGAAGUCUAAGGUUUUCCGGGAUGCACGAUCAAUUGCUUUGCCCGUCUAUGGCGGUCUUUGCCACGCUCCUAGUGUCUACAGCACAAAGGACACACAAAAGAUCAUGGACGGCUUGAACACGUCGACAUCCGCAACUUUGUCCAGCCAAGCUCCCCAAGCACCGCUGUACUCUACAAGCACCGGAAAGCCUUAUGAGGCGGCCAACGCCAGCGGGCUGUUCUCAUGCGUCGUGACCGAACUCCUGUCCAAGGCCAUCGAGUGGGAUCAAGUUAUUUCUGGUCUGGUCAGUGCUGCUAAGUCGGCUGGAGUAACUGAGGUCAAGCUCUUCUGCUUCGGUAACUCGAUCCCCCUGAACGACCUCAAGACAGCGCUUCAAGCUGCCAUCGCCGAUGUCAAGAUUACCAUUCCCAGCUUCAUGACUGUUCUCAAGAAGAACGCAACUAACGGUGCUCCUCCCCGCGGUACUGCUCAGUCCAAACUCGCCAUUGUCGGAAUGUCGUGCAGACUUCCUGGUGGCGCCACCGACACUGAGAAGUUUUGGGAACUUCUUGAGGCCGGUCUCGAUGUCUCUCGCAAGAUCCCCGCUUCUCGCUUUGACAUUGAAACCCACUACGACCCAGAGGGCAAGGACUUGAACAAGACCAUGACUCAAUACGGUUGCUUUAUCGAUGAGCCCGGCAUGUUCGACCCCAGCUUCUUCAACAUGUCUCCUCGUGAAGCCAUGGCUGUUGAUCCCCAGAUGCGCCUGUCGCUCGUCACUGCCUACGAAGCUUUGGAGAAGGCUGGUUUCGUUGGUAACCGCACUCUUUCCACCAAACUCCAGCGCAUCGGAACAUUCUACGGACAAGCAGCUGAUGAUUACCGCGAGGUGAACCAGGGUCAAGAAGUUGGCACUUACUACAUCCCUGGUGGAUGCCGUGCCUUCGGACCCGGUCGCAUCAACUACUUCUUCAAGUUUGCCGGACCUAGCUACAGCGUCGACACUGCUUGCUCUUCUGGACUUGCAGCCAUCGAGGUUGCUUGCCAGGCUCUUUGGAACGGCGAGGUCGACAUGGCUGUCGCUGGUGGUGUCAACAUCUUGACAAACCCCGAUGGUUUCGCUGGUCUCUGCAGGGGUCAUUUCCUGACCAAGGGCCAAAACGCUUGCAAGACCUGGGAUGCCACUGCUGACGGCUACUGCCGUGCUGAGGGUGUAGGAUCUAUUGUCAUCAAGAGGCUCGAAGACGCAGAGGCGGACAACGACAACAUUCUUGGUGUUGUCCUCGCUGCAGGAACCAACCACUCUGCCGAAGCUGUCUCCAUCACUCACCCGCACGCUGGACACCAAUCUUAUCUGUCCCGUCAGAUCCUCCGCCAGGCAGGUGUGGACCCUCUGGAUAUCUCCUACAUUGAGCUCCACGGCACUGGCACCCAGGCUGGCGACUUCGAGGAGCUGAAGGGUGUUCUAGACGUCUAUGCACCAAACACCUCUCCCAGUCGCCGCGCUGACCAGGUACUCCACAUUGGAAGCUCCAAGUCCAACGUUGGCCACGGCGAGUCGGUUGCUGGUACAACCGCACUGAUCAAGGUUCUUUUGAUGCUUCAGAAGAACGCCAUCCCCCGCCACAUUGGUAUCAAGACUGAGAUCAACCCGCGUCUGCCCACUGAUCUCGAUCAGAGGAAUGUCGUCAUCCCCUUCUCCAACACUCCCUGGGCCCCUGGAAAGCGCGUUGCCGCUGUCAACAACUUCGGAGCUGCUGGUGGCAACACCAUGAUGAUCUUGGAAGAGGCCCCUGCCCGCCCAGAACGUCAACAGAAAGACCCCCGUCAGACUCACGUUGUGACUCUCUCAGCCAAGACCAAGGCCUCGCUCCGUGGCAACAUCGAGCGCCUCCUUGCUCACCUCGAGAGGGACGAGACCGUGACAUUGGAGGACCUUGCCUACACCACCACUGCACGCAAGUACCACCACUCAUACCGGGUGGCAAUCGCCGCUUCCGAUCUUGGCUCAGUCAAGAAGCAGCUUACUUCGCAGCUGAACAAGAUUGAUGCUCUGAAGCCUGUCAACAAGACCAACCCCCCGUCUGUGGCUUUCGCUUUCACUGGCCAGGGCGCAUCUUACCAGUCAAUGAACCUCGAGCUCUACCGCGACGUCCCCGUCUUCAGGGAGCACAUCCACACCCUUGAUAAGCUUGCUCAAGCUCAAGGCUUCCCGUCCUUCAUCCCUGCUAUCGACGGCUCGCACCCCAAGGAAUACGUCCAUGCUCCUGUCAUCACCCAGCUAGCACUCGUCUGCCUCGAGAUUGCGCUCGCGCACUACUGGGCUUCCCUGGGCAUCAAGCCUGAUGUCGUUGUUGGCCACUCCCUCGGUGAGUACGCAGCUAUGCACGUAGCUGGUGUCAUCAGCGCCAACGACGCCAUCUUCAUGGUCGGUUCCAGGGCCCUGAUGCUUAUGGAGAAGUGCCAAUCUGGCAGCCACUGCAUGAUGGCUGUACGCGCUUCUCUGGAGAACAUCAUCGCCAACUCAGGCGGCAAGCCCCACACUGUGGCCUGCAUCAAUGGCCCAGCUGACACUGUCUUGAGCGGUACAAAGGCACAGAUGGACGACAUCGCCAAGGAUCUUGAGGCUGCUGGACUCCGAUGCAUCAAGCUUGAUGUGGCUUUUGCCUUCCACUCCGAGCAGACUGACCCCAUUCUCGAUGAGUUUGAGGCCAUCAGCAAGAGCGGUGUUGUGUUCCACGAGCCCAAGCUUCCCAUCAUCUCGCCUCUUCUCGGCAAGGUCAUCUUCGAUGGUCACACCUUGAACGCCAACUAUGUGCGCACCGCCACCCGCGAGGCUGUCGACUUCGUAUCUGCCAUGAGGAACGCUUCCAGCAUUUCCACCAUCGGCGACGACACUGUCUGGAUCGAGAUUGGCCCUCACCCCGUCUGCGUUGGCUUCAUCAAGACCACUCUUCCUUCUACCCGCCUUGCAGUUCCUUCUCUGCGCCGUGGAGACAGCAACUGGAAGACCAUGUCGGAGAGUGCUGCAGCUCUUCACCUCGCUGGUGUCAAUAUCGACUGGAACGAGCUCCACCGUCCUUUCACUGGCCAGGUUCGCCUUCUCGAGCUCCCAACAUAUGCUUGGGACGAGAAAAACUACUGGAUGCAGUACAACGGUGACUGGUGCCUGACCAAGGGCAACACUUUCUACGAGAAGAAGCAGAAGGCUAUUGAGCCCACCCCCAGAAACACCAAGCAGUACCAAUCCCUGGGUUCUUUGGUCCAGAACAUCAUCUCGGUCAAUGUCGAGGGUGAGGCGGGUAGUGUGGUUAUGCAGUCCGACCUCAUGCAGAAGGAGUUCUUGGAGGCGGCUUCAGGACAUCGCAUGAACGACAAUGCUGUUGUUACAUCGUCUAUUCACGCGGAUAUCGCUUACACCCUUGGUGACUACCUUUACCGCAAGUUCUACCCCAAGGCCAAGCGCCCGGAUAUGGACAUGGCCAACCUGGAGGUCACCAAGGCUCUCAUUGCUAAGAAGAAAGACAUGGAUACACCUCAAUCUAUCCAAGUCACCGCCGCCACCACCGAUAUCCGAUCUGGUGUCCUGGACCUAACAUGGCAGAACGUCGAAGCUGAUGGCAGCUGCGCCGAGCCAUUCGCUACAGCUCAGAUCAUCUAUGGCGAUGCUAAGCAGUGGCUCUCAUCUUGGAGCCCCAUGUCCCAUCUUAUCCAGAGCCGCAUCGAGACACUUGAGCGUCUAGCUGUCGAGGGCCAGGCCAACCGUCUAUCCCGCAACUUGGCCUACACUCUAUUCUCAUCCAACCUAGUCGACUACGCCGACAAGUACCGCGGCAUGCAAUCUGUUGUCAUGAACGACUUAGAAGCCUUUGCCGAAGUCAAGCUUACCGAGAAGCCCGACAGCGGCACCUACGCCGUGCCACCUUACUAUGUUGACAGUGUAGCGCAUUUGGCCGGCUUCAUCAUGAACUGCUCCGACUCUAUUGACACCAAGAACAACUAUUGCGUCACUUCUGGUUGGAAGUCUAUGCGCUUUGCCGAGCCUAUGACUCCAGGUGCUAGAUACCGAUCUUAUGUCAAGAUGAUUCCCACCAAGGACGACCCCGCUGUUUUCCUUGGUGAUGUUUAUAUCUUGAAGGCAGAGGAUAACUCGAUUGUUGGAAUGGUUGGUGGUAUCCACUUCCGCCGCUUCCCUCGUAUCCUUCUCAACCGCUUCUUCAGCGCCCCAGAACCUGCUAAAGCUACUUCCGGUCAGCAGGCCAAGCCAGCGCCCGUAAAGGCCGCACCUGCACCUGCUGCGCCCAAGCCCGUCGCACAAAAGGCCGUCGCCCCUGCUCCCAAGGCACAGGACUUUGACGCCCAAUCUAGCAGCAGCUCGGAGGUCACUCCUCCUGGUACCCCGCUGCUGGCUGCCUCAGCCAACACCUCUUCCACUAGCAUCAAUGUCAUUGCCGCCGAGCCAGCGAAGAAGGCCGGCAACGGUAUCAUGGAUAAAGCGCUUGACAUCAUUGCCAACGAGACAGCCAUUGACCUAGCCGACCUCGAAGACGACGCCGACUUUGCCAAUCUCGGUAUUGAUAGUUUGAUGUCGCUUGUGCUAGUAGAGAAGUUCCAGAAGGAGCUUGAUGUCAAGGUUAACGGUAGUUUGUUCUUGGAUUACCCUACUAUUGGCGACUUGCGUGAGUGGUUGGAGAAGUACUACGGUUAG